AUGGGUCGUGCACUGGUGUUUAUGUUGUGGGGAUUCACUGCGAUUGGCCUCGCACAUGCAGGUGCCGAGCCGGAGGUGCUCCCUGGAAGUGAUUUGAGUAAUUUCUCAGGAUUUCCAACUCGUCACACUCCAGACCCUCGCGUCCGGCUGUCCUCCACCCAGCAACAGCAGAUCCUCACCGACGUCCAGCAGCACCAGCUGCGCUACAACUUCCCGGGGAGUUCCCACGUGACCUUCCCACAGUCUCAACUGACCUCGAAGUCCGACGCGCCACUGUACCCUUCCCUCGCGAAAUACCGAGUCGAUCGGACGAAGCAAUCAACAGACCGGCCCUUCCCGCAGACCUCCCAGUACUCGAUCCCCCAGUUCCCCUCCUCUCUCUUCCCGAACUUUGCGGGCCCGACGGACCUCCCGACGACCUACUACAACGACGCCUCCUCCAUCAGCCUCCAGAACUACUACGAGAAACAACGAGAACUCGAUCUCCUCCGCAAGCAACGAGAGCAACUGAUCCUCGAGCAGAAUGAGCUCAGAAGACAGCAGGAGUUGCUCCGACUCCAGCAGCUGAAGGCUCUGACUUCAACCACGACUAGCACCACAACCCCAGCGCCAACGAGUACCUCCCCGGUGUUGUUAUCCUCCCCAACAGCAAGACGAAUCACGCCAGCGGAAUCCGAGCUCUUCCUGAAAGCAAUCGCCACGCAUCAAAAGAAGUUCUCGACAACAGCGAAACCGCUCACAACAUCGCUCACACCGCUCACAACCACAAAAGCCCGUCAAGAAGUGAAGAUAGAGGAGCCCCAGGACAUUCCCAAGGAUCUUCUGCAGCUCAUUCAGGCGCAGAACCCUCAACUGAUCGGCACCGGCAAGAACAAGCCUCAAAUCAAGAUCAUUUACCAGACUGAGAAGCCACCAACGAGGGCCACCAAGCCAAAGACUUCUGAGAAGGAACAACUGCUUCGUCAGCUGAAGCUAGCUCUCGCGGAGAAUGGCGACGAGGGGGGGAAGAACGUGACGACGAGGGACCUGGUGCUGCCCAACGGACGUAAAUUGCAGAUCAUCCAGGCGCCAAACGGCCUGUCUUCCAUUAUUCCGAAUGAGGGUUCGAGUCAGUUCCAGACGGUGACACAAGCACUGGAUCUGAAUUCCGGCUCGACGACGACGGUCAAACCUGCCAAGGCAGUCCUCGAGGAACUGACGAAAGGGGUGCUACCUCCCGGCGCUGAUUUCGAGGUCUUGAGGCACAAGGACGAUGGAAAGCUUGAGGACGUCGCCAGGUCGACGAUCCAGGGGGCCGGGAAGAAGGUGACGUUCGUGGUCCUGGAGGAGCAGUCUGAUGGGACCUUCAAGGUCCAGGGGGUGAAGGGCAACUCCAAGGAGGACGGAGGAGUCGAUGUGGAGAGCAUCGUGGAGAAGAUUAAGAAGGGAGAGAUCAAGCUCCCGCCGAGCUCCAAGAGCCCCAGGGAAUCUAAGACCACUACAAGGGUGAGCAAAGUUGAGGAGAAGGUGACAACGGUCAGGCCGACGACUAUCAAGUACACGGGGGUGCCCAGUUCCGCCAAGAUCAGGGAUAGUAAUGACCCAAUUUUGAAAAAUUUCAGCGACACAUCGGCUGAUUACUCUCCCCAAGUAACAGUAACCCCAAAAUCAGUGUCUCAACUCGACAAUUACGUGACGUCAGCAUCAACUCAAUCCGCUAAUAUCUACAACUCAAUCUCGACGUUCAAUCCAACAACAGUGAGAGCCCCGUCCACCGCGUACAGAUCAAUCUCAACGACAAUUCAACCACCGAGAAGCCAUUUCAUCCCAACAAUGGCGCCGGUUAGCGAAAUCAUAAGUACGACACAUCCGCCGGUAUUCACGACCUCGUACGGGCCUCAAUCCUCGUCGUACGUUCACUUCACGUCGACUCCAUUGGGUUCGACCGUUUCACCGUUACCUAGGGCCAUUUCCAGCACUGAGGCCUCGAAUCUCAAUAGCGCCGGGGCCAGUGAAAAUCUGAUAUUCAAUGAUUUUGGGGGGAAUACUGGAUCGUCGUUCGAAACGGGUACUGGGGGGGAGUCUCAACCGCUCGAGACCAUUGCUAAUUUUCUGAGGAGGGAGGGACUCUUCGCCAUGGCCAAGUAUCUCAGGCAGUCUGGACUCGAUACUGUACUGAAUGAAACUGGUCCUUAUACGAUAUUUGUACCAACUGACAAGGCCUUCAGGACACUCCUGGUGCAGCUAGGAGGUCCUGAGAAGGCUGAACAAAAAUUCAAGGAGAAUCCAAGAUUGUUAAGUGGCUUAUUAUUGCAUCACGUAAUCCCAGGUGCCUUCAGAAUCGACUCAUUGCAAGACGAAAUGACAGGAGUUUCACUCGCCGGAACUCAACUGAGAGUGAAUGUUUACGAUAUGCAUGAUCAAGAGUGGAAUGACGUUAAGGUGACAACGAUAAACGGAGCAAGAGUAGCGCCAAACAAACGUGACAUAGAGAUACCCCAAGGAAUUGCCCAUGCAGUAGACCGUGUUAUGUUUCCACUUCCUGUUGGGGAUUUAACGCAGACCCUUGCUGCCGAUCGUGAACAGAGAUUCGGUACUUUCCUGAGGAUACUACACGCAUCCGGUCUCGAGGAUACCCUUGCUGGUACGAAGACAUUCACAGUAUUUGCCCCAACGGACGCUGCGUUCACCGCGGCAACAUCGAAUUCCGGGCGACCAGUGUGGACCGAGGGCGAUGGUCCAGAAAUUGCAAAAAACAUAAUUUCACGGCAUAUAAUACCAACAACUAUGUACACAGCCGGCAUGAGGUUUUACCACCAGAAGGACACACUCAGGCCCCAGUUUACACUGAGAAUCCAGAAAAAUGGAGGUCGUGUUAAAGUGAACGAAGCUCAGAUAUUAACCCACAAUAUUCCAGCAACCAACGGUGUGAUCCACGCAAUCGACUCAAUGCUCUAAUGACCAUUGAAAUUCUUUUAAAAAAUUCACCCGAAAAAUCGAAAACAAGACAUUUGAAAAAAAUUACGUUUCAAAAAAUGUGAAAAUGUUUGACGAUGAAUGCCAUAAAGUCGAGUGUAGGGGGUUCGGAGAACGUAAGUAAAGCUCCA